UAGCGACAACUAUAUACUAACUGAACUACGCUCGUCGCUCAUACGCACUACGCUGUGUUUACCGUCUACGACUGUCUUCUGCAUCUUUUUGUCUGUUUCUAGUUUGUUCCUCUAUUUUGCCAUGUCUGUUGUGGUUAAAACGUGUUGUAAAUGCCAACGAUUGUAUUUGCCUCAUUUCAUCCACGAUUGCAAUGUACUAGAUACUUCAUUGAUACCUAGUACAUUACAAUCGUCAGAUCGAGCGAAAACAGUUAUCAAUACUAAGCAACAAAACAUUAGGCCAAACACUACAGAAAUAGAUGAUGGUACCGUUAGUAACGAAAUUUUAUAUUCAACUAUUAUUGGGGCAGUGCUGAAAUAUCCUGCUUUGUGGGACCAUCGUCUACCUUUAAAGGACCGGACUGAGAUCAAAAAAAGAACAUUAUGGGAAUUGGUGCAUUUGGAGUGUGCAGGUUUGGUCCAAUCUAUUAUCAAGCUAUUUUUGUCCGAUGCAUUCUUUCAAUAUGCAUAUUCGUGUUUAUUCCAACAUUUAGUUUGUGGCAAUAAGCCCAUGACUGCACAGAUGGAGCAUAAUAACUAA